GAGAGGUUCCGUCGCGCUGAGUGGGCGCCUCGUUGUGCGCGCGGGAAGAUGGCUGAGCCGGGGUGCAAGUCUGUGCUCUUCGUGUGUCUGGGUGUGUACUUACUGUCGAAGGCAUUGGUACUUGUGCCAGAGCCGGCGUGGUUGGAGAUGAUAACAUUAGUGGUGUCAACUUACCUCUUUCGAACAAUUAACUAAUAUUUAUUGAUACUUCUUAUGUGCUGCACCCUGGGGGGUACAGUCCAAGGUAACAUCUGUCGGUCACCCAUUGCAGAAGCAGUUUUCAGAAAACUUGUAACUGAGCAAAAGCUUUCAGAUUAUUGGAGGAUAGACAGUGCAGCGACAUCCACUUAUGAAAUAGGAAACCCUCCUGAUUACCGGGGGCAGAACUGCAUGAAGAAGCACGGUGUUGCCAUGAAGCACGUUGCCCGGCAGGUUACCAAGGAAGACUUUGCCACAUUUGAUUAUAUACUUUGUAUGGAUGAAAGCAAUCUGAGAGACUUGACUAGAAAGAGCAAUCAGAUUAAGAACUGCAAAGCUAAGAUUGAACUCCUUGGGAGCUACGAUCCACAGAAACAGAUGAUUAUCCAAGACCCCUACUAUGGGGAUGAGUCCGACUUCGAGACCGUCUACCAGCAGUGUUUGCGGUGCUGCAGGGCCUUCUUGGAGGAGGCCCGCUGACCCGUGCCGGCCCCCCGGCCCCCGCAGGUGCCGCACGGACGCCGCAGCUGCUGCUUCAGUUGACCCUGUUUCUCACCUGAGAUACUUGUAGAUGGAAAUCACUUAUUGUAUUUGGCAAAUAAACAGAAAUGUUUCAUCCA